AUGAGUACAAAUCCUAGUCAACAUGAACUCAUGGCAAUUGCCAAGUUGGCGUCCAAUUCUACUAACGACUUCCCGUUUGCUAUGGAAGCAGCGAAUCUAGAGAAUGAGAGCGAAAACGCAUAUGAAGUUGUGCCAAAUAUCAAUAAUGAGAGAACACAUGCCUCGUCCCCUGCACCGGGUACCAUAGAAGGAAGUGCUCGAGCCAAAGUUAUUUCGAAUGGAAAUAACGGACACAGAACCAUAUAUACGUGUCAAUAUGAGGAUCUAGAGAAAAGUGACUCAGGACCCUGUCUCAAAACUCCCAAUACUGAACCAGUAGACACUCGCAAAGUCGUGUCCCAUAUCUUUGGGAGGAACAAGAAAGUUACCCGAUGUAUCCCCGGUGAAUUGUGGACCUGGUACUGUCGCAAACACUACCAGCGCAGCAAAUAUAACUGUCGCAGCCAGUGGCCUCAAAAGCAAAUUGACCUUGUGCGAUUGGCACUAGACAAUUUUGAGCAAUGGGGGAAGAUUGAGUGUUGGAAUAUUGUACUUCGUAAGCGCGAACAGGAUCGCCAGAAAUGCUCCCGCCGAAGUGAUAAUGCGAUGCAGAGCACAUCAAUUUCCAAUCCAGUCAGUCCGGGCAUGCCGCAUUUUGUUUAUUACUAUCUUGACCAAGACGUAUCCUUUAAUUCUGUACGAAAACUCGUCGACGAAAUUGAGCGCUAUAUUCAGGGCGAAAACAAAGUCGCCGAGGGGCUUGCUAGAGAGGGAGUACAGGAUGUAUAUGGCCGCGCUCCACAGUUCAAGAAGUUUCCGGAUAUUGAGUUCUUGCCGAUCUUCACGCUCGAGUAUCAACGUCUUUUGGACAGGAAUCAUGAAAAAUGUAAACGCAGAUCUAACCUUCGAGCACAAAACUUUGGCCUUGAGCUAUCAUCCUUCAAGAAACUCUCGGAUGCUCUAUAA